AUGUCAAACAAUGCCAGCUCUACCUACGCACCUCCCCCGAUGCGGACGGUCUCAAAAUCCUCCAAAACCACCUUUCACUUCGGAGCUGGUCUCCUCUCAGGCCUCACAUCCUCUAUUCUCCUGCAACCAGCAGACCUCCUCAAAACUCGAGUUCAACAAUCCCACCAUCACGCCUCUCUAGUCUCAACGGUCAAAACAAUUCUUUCCUCUCAAAACCCAAUCCGCAAUCUAUGGCGUGGAACCCUGCCCUCCGCCCUCCGCACAGGCUUCGGCUCAGCUCUCUAUUUCACGUCCCUCAACGCUCUACGCCAAAGUCUCGCAACACCCAUUGCCCUAGCAAACGCUAACCCUAAUAACGUCGCUAACGGCACAAUUCUCCCGUCCUCCCCGUCAUCUUCAUCUGCUCUCCCUAAACUCUCCAACGCCGCAAACUUAACCACUGGAGCCGCUGCGCGGGUCGCCGCGGGGUUCGUCAUGAUGCCCGUUACUGUCAUCAAAGUCCGCUAUGAGUCGGACUACUAUACAUACCGCAGUCUCUAUGGCGCAGGCCGGGACAUAAUGCGCACAGAAGGGUUCCGCGGUCUCUUCGCUGGGUUCGGUGCAACCGCUGCGCGAGACGCCCCAUAUGCGGGUCUUUAUGUCCUCAUCUACGAGCAAUUAAAGCCGUACCUAGCGUCUGCAACGACAACUACCUCUGAAGCGGAUCAGCGGCCGAAAUCGCCGUCGUCUUCGUCUAUUAAUUUCGUUUCAGGUGGUUUAGCUGCUGGGCUUGCCACGACGAUUACGAAUCCAUUUGAUGCGGUUAAGACACGGCUUCAGCUUAUGCCGGCAAAAUAUGGGAAUAUGAUGCGUGCUGUUCGGUUGAUGAUUCAGGAAGACGGGGUGCGGAGUCUGUUUGGUGGGUUGGGACUGAGGAUCGGAAGGAAAGCGCUGAGUUCCGCGCUUGCGUGGACCGUGUAUGAGGAGCUCAUUCUGAGGGCGGAGACGAGGUGGGCGGAGACGGAGGCGAAGGCUGAGGUCGGGAUAUAA